UUAGAUGUUGUACUGGAACCAGUCUGUGUCUCUUGAUUUUAGCUUAGCUGGACUGGGAAACUCUCAUGGAGACCAACAAGAAAGAGGAUGAAGAAGAUGACAGCCCUGAGGGGGAGAUGACAAAGGAGGAUGUUUCAGAGCCUGUUGAGGGACGAACUGUGCUGGGCUGGGCCUCUACUCAUCAGCGGCCGGUUAUCCACCAGGUGGCCUCUGCACCCAUGCCCAGUGACUGUGAGUUCUCCUUUUUCGACCCCAGUGAGCCGCAGUGCAAAGAGGUUCUUCUGGAUCCCAGCACCACCAUACCGGAGCUGUUUGCCGUCCUCAGGCAGUGGGUGCCCCAGGUUCAGAAGAACAUCGACCUCAUCGGCAAUGAGAUCCUAAAGAGAGGCUGCGGUGUAAACGAUCGAGACGGACUGACGGAUAUGAGCCUCCUGCACUACUGCUGCAAAGCCGGGGCCCCGGGCAUCGGUGAUGCAGAGACAGCAGCCGGCUUUGCUCGGCAGCUCCUCGCCCUGGGUGCUGAUCCCAACCUUCGCUCACGCUGGACUAACAUGAGGGCUCUGCACUAUGCUGCUUACUUCGAUGUGCCCCAGCUUCUCCGGGUGGUGUUGCACGCCUCCCAGCCUGGAGAGGUAGAUGCCACCUGCAGUGACUUUGACUUUGGCACCGCCCUGCACAUCGCUGCGUCCAACCUGUGCAUCUCAGCUGUCAAAUGUCUCCUGGAGCUCGGAGCCAACCCUGCUUUUAGAAAUGAAAAAGGGCAGUGCCCAGCAGACGUGGUGCCUGACCCCCUCGACAUGCCCUUGGAGAUGGCAGAUGCAGCCGCCGUGGCCAAAGAGCUGCGGACUUUGCUGAGACAGGCUUUACCCAGACCCAGCUCCCCUCUGCCCCUCACACUGCCAGCCCAGUCCCUUCCUGUUCUCUCGGAUAAGGCCAGGAUACAGCUCGCCAGCAUGGGGAUCCGACUAGGUGACCGUGUGGUGAUCGCUGGACAGAAGGUUGGGAGCCUGAGAUUCUGUGGCAGCACUGAGUUCUCUGGAGGCCUCUGGGCCGGAGUGGAGCUCGACAAACCAGAGGGGAAGAACGAUGGCUCGGUAGCAGGGGUUCAGUAUUUCACCUGUCGUCUCAAACAUGGAAUCUUUGCUCCCCUGUCCAAGAUAAGCAAACCUUUGGAAAGACAUAAAAUCAGCACCAGGAAGGCGUCUACGCCCAUACGCCCCCCUCGUCGCAUUGACGUGUCUCGCAUCACCUCCAAGAUAAAUACAGGUUUGUCUCCAUCUGUCAAAAAAACCCUUGAUAAUCAAAAAAGUCCACCUGGUCCCCAUCAGGGCACAGAGGGAGACGCCUCAGUGACAAAGACAGGUGUUCUCUCCCGCUCUCUCUCCUCCUCCUCCUCUUCACUGGACUCUCGGCAUGGGCCAGGUGCCCGGCCUCGUCCACUGCCAAGGCAACGUCUUCCUCCCAGACAGCGACGGGAGCGUGCUUCCUUGAGUCCAAGAACCACGCCGUCACCGGCGCUCCGCUCUUCACCUGACACCAGUGCACUUACUACUACAGGUCUUCGAAGUCGAACCCCCUCAGCUAGUAGCUCUGUGUGUGGAGGCCCUGAGUUGCGCCUUGGGGAGAGGGUACUGGUGGUAGGCCAGAGAACUGGUGUAGUCCAGUUCUAUGGAAAGACCAGCUUUGCUCCAGGACUCUGGUUGGGCAUUGAACUGGACAAGCCAAGUGGUAAGAACGAUGGAUCAGUGGGAGGAGUGAGGUACUUCACCUGCCCACCAAAACAUGGUGUUUUUGCUCCUCCGUCUCGUGUUCAAAGGUCUGGCAACCUGUCCAGGGUGGAUGCCAUCUCAUUCCCCAAACAGGAUAAGUAG